GCUAACCAGGCCCUGCAGGAAAUCUCACAGUAUUUAGGUUUUAACAUCAGACAUCAUUGUUCUUAUCAUCCUCAGUCAGCUGGUGCGGUUGAACGAGAAAAUGGUACCAUUAAAUCUAAACUGGCGAAGUGUUGUGAAGAGACAGGCCUAUCUUGGGUGAAAGCACUUCCGCUGGUGCUUUUUCACAUGCGCAUGCGAAUCAGGAACAAACAUGGCCUCAGCCCUUUUGAGAUAGUGCUCGGGAGACCCCCUUGCACUGGACUGGGUCCAGUAAAACACGCUUUGACAACUGAUCAUAAUGAAGACAGCAUGCUAAGAUAUUGUGCUAAUCUCUCAUCCUCACUCUCAGCACUUCACACACAGGUGAAAGCUGCACUUCCCUCACCAGCCACUGCGAUCCAGCAUCACCUGAAACCAGGAGACUGGGUGCUCAUCAAGGAUCACAGGAGAAAGCAUUGGAAGCAGAGACGCUACACAGGUCCCUUCCAAGUACUCCUGACCACAGAGACGGCGGUGAAAGUGGAAGGAAAAGCAACGUGGGUCCACGCUAGCCACUGCAAACGCAUCCCAAACCCAGAAGGAGAAGGAGCAGCUGCUACGGGUCCGGACUAAAGGGGAAGGCAUAUGCCCAUUUCAUCCAGGUCUCCUAUGCUGAUUCCAGUUCCCUUCACGGAAGCCGACUGGAGCGUUAUGGGAUGGCCUGAUAUAGCUCGUCAAUUCGUGAGCAAUGAUGAACACUGUUACACUCCGACAAUAGACACUUCCACCAACACAGAGAACAUUGUUAGAAAUAAUGGUGAAAAAGGAAAAGUUAUACAAUUUGCAGUGAAAACAUUUAAUGAUAAAAAUAGAACUGAAGGUACUAAUCAAGUAGCAUUGUUUAGACUAAGCUAUUACAAAAGAUACGUCCAACAAGGGCUAAGAUAUCAAAUGCAAAUGACUCUUGCUGAAACUAAUUGCACAGUAGGAAGUAAGGAGAUAAGUUCAAUGUGUACUCUUCAGCCAAACACAGCAUCUAUUCGAUUAGAAAUAGGUGUACAGAGCAUACCUUGGGCUAAUACACUAAAAGUCACACAUAUGUCUUGGACAAGACAUAAUUGUACUCAACCUCUAAUUCCGAUUAGACCUAGGAAUAGAAAUUGCACUAACCUACAACCACCCAUUCCAGUACAUCCCCUGACCAAGGUCAGCCGCUGCAUUAAUUUCUAUGCAUUUGGGGGCUAUUUCUUGGGAGCAAGUGACUGCACUAACGAUUCGGUUAGAUACGUUAGUGAAAAUAAAGAGUUGUCAUUACCUGAACAAGCUUAUCUAGUGUGUGGAAACAUCGCCUAUAGCUGUGUCCCAGUAAUAGGAGACGCCUAUCUUAUACCUUUGAUUAGACGAGCUGACUCCAAGGAACUCGCUCCAUCUCACGUACGUCAGAAACGAGCAAUUUCCUUAGGUUCAAGGAUAUUAAGCGUGAUAUUACCAGCAUAUGGCACCUAUAGGAGUCAAGAGGAAAUUGCAACACUCUCAACAAUAUUAGAGAGGCACAUGAACAAAACGUCAAUAGCGCUCACUGCCAUGCAAAAAGAAAUAGAUGAGAUCAAACACAUGGCACUCCAAAAUAGAAUGGCUCUAUAUAGAUCUUGUUCUGGCCGCACAGGGAGGAGUAUGUAA